GCCGGCGCGGCUGGCAGUCCUCACAACAGUGCCCACUUUCCAACAUGGCAGAUCAAUUUGUGUUGUAUUAUCAUGUGACGGCGAAACGCUCCCGUUGAUAGGACCCGUAACCUCGUGCGAACCCGAUCGUAGUCCCCCGGUAACCACGCGAGUGCGGACGCGCGAACGCGGUUCGCGGUCGCGUUGAAAAAGAAAAAGAAAAAAGAUAACGUCCGUCGCGAUGGCGGACCUAAAGAGCCCGCCGUUCAGUGACAUCAAGCGGCCCGAGGAGGUGGUGGCGAUGGCGAUGAACGACAGCCUCAAGUUCGCCGUGCUGAUCGGCCUGAUCGAGGUGGGACAGGUGUCCAAUCGGGAGGUCGUCAACACCGUGCUGCACCUGGUUUGUAUUUUUAAAAAAUACAUGCGAGAGAACGGAUGGCCGCAGGUAGGAGUACCUUGAGGGGAGAGAGGCUCCUUAUCCCAUAAUUUCCGGCAACAUUCUCCGACAUAUAUAUCGGCAUAUCCUAUCGACUCGCUGCCUGCUUCAAGAAGGCAGAAAAAAUCUCCCCCGGCAAAGCGGGAGACGUAAACGCCUCUGCCUCUCAUUGUCGGGACCGAAAGGGACGGCGCCCGUAGUUAGUAGCGGAGAAAUGAAGCAGGGACUACCUAUUGAACGUUCAGCCUCUGCUUUUCAAAGCCGUGGGGGGGGGGGGUGGCUAUUGGCAUUACGCGAAACGAGAUAUCCAAUAACUUCGUUUUUCACAAUUAACGAAGCGCGCGUAUCAAAGGAUGGCCGGUGAUGCGUAAGCUUCACUGAUGACGAUACUCGCGCGGCCAAUGUUCAAUAACGUGCCAUUACUCGAGAGCUCGAUCCUCUGUUGUUUCAGUGCUCGAAACGCGCCGCAGCGCCGCCGCCGUCGCGUACAUUUGCGGGGAGAGUCUCAGAAUCAUACGUGUGCCGCAAAAUACGCGCUAACGCACCAUUGUUUCAUAACGGAAUUAAAAUUGGCGAUAACGUUUUAUCGACGCUUUUGGCACGUAGACAUACAUACGCAACACACGACACAUAACGCGAUAUUCUCUCUUCAAACUUUUCACGAUCUAUAUGUUUUAUUGUGUUUUGUAUUGUGAAAUGUAUCUUUUAUUUUAUGUAAUAAAUUGUUUGAAAAACGAA